ACUCACACACUGCCCAAAGUCGCUAUUUCUUCUUUGCCACUCUCUCUCUCUCGUAAUCCGAUCAAUCACCCGCUAACGUUGUGCCUCGAACGGUUGGAUGACCGGUCAGUUCUUAAAAACAUUGUUCUUUGUUUGGGAAAGCGAAACAAGUAACAAGAGACCAAAGAGGCCAAGAACGAAGCUUGACGUUGUCUUGAAGUCAUUACUAUUUCAUACCCACAUUCCAUUUUCUUCAGAACACUCUCGCUUUCGCCUUCUUCCUUCCCACUCAGCAAAUGAGUCGCCAUCCUGAAGUUCUGUGGGCACAACGUUCUGAUAAGGUUUACCUCACUGUUGCUCUACCUGAUGCCAAGGAUGUUUUUGUGAAGUGUGAGCCUCAGGGUUUGUUUGCUUUCUCUGCUUCUGGGGUUCAAGAUAAAGCCUACAGCUUUAGCUUGGAACUUUAUGGAUCCAUUGAACCUGAGGGUUGUAAAACUAAAUCUGGCUUAAGAAACAUACUAUGCUCAAUUCAGAAAGGAGAAAAGGGUUGGUGGAAGAGGCUAUUGAAGUCUGAAGAGAAACCUGCUCCAUACUUGAAGGUUGAUUGGAACAAAUGGUGUGAUGAGGAUGAUGAAGAGUCAACCUCUGAUUUGGUAUCUAAUGAUGAUGCUCAGUUUGUUGGUGAAGAUGACAGAAGCAGUGAUGAUGAAGGAAUGUUGUAUCUUCCUGAUCUGGAAAAGGCUAGGGCAUAGCAGCUCUUACUGUACUGAGAGAUUUAGGAAGCAUGGUUGACAUGGAAUCAUAUUCAUAUGGAAUUAUUUGCAUAGGGGCAGAGAUAGACUACUUGAUAAGAUGCACCGUGAUGUGAUUGUUGCUGCCUUGUAUAUAGAAUAUAAUCUAAUUAGUGCUUGGAAAACAUGGUCUUGAUCUUGUGUGACUAUUUGGGACCAAUUCUUAUGAGAAGUUUCUUUGAAGGGAAUACUGGUUGCAUCAUAUAAUCUAAUAGCAUUGUCUUGAACCUCAUUUGUCA